AUGAAUCAAGAAGAAAUUAGUCAGCAAGGAAAAAGACUUCAAUUAAUAUAUGCAGAUUGUAAUACCAGAUAUUUAAGUUUUUAGGUGAAACAUAUAGCUAUACCAUCAAGAUCAGAUUGUUGAUGUAAAUUCGUAAUUACAGAACCAGCUGA